AUGUCAAUAAUGGCCGUCUCGAGGUGCAUUGCAAAAAUGAGUAGAUUGAAGACCGCCGCUUACACCUCUCGCAACGUAUUCGGUCUCUGCAGUAAUCUUCGGGGUGUCCCAUUCGUCAGAUUUACUCUUUCCCGAGAUCCCCCUGCCUCUUUUUCGGAUGAAGACGAGCUGAGAGGACCCGUAAUACUGUGGAACUGCCAAUCUACAGUCCCCUUCUCGGUGAACCUUUGUUGGUUCGUUGCCAACGUCGAUGUCCCCAGACGCUUCCGAACAAUCCCUUUACUCCCGAGGAGCAUAGCUAGUUGCCAUGUUGUCUUGGCUGCUACACCCAAAUCUUAUGCUGUAGUCACGACGAAGAAGCCUCGAGGCCCAGUUCGUAGUCAGCGAAAGCAGCCGGCGAAUACGAUCAGAGCAGGAAAUGGCCGUGGGAGCAGGAUGACGGCGAUGCUGAGGUCCUCCCUAUGGCAUUCGAUGAGGGAGUUUUGCCGGAUUCAAGACACGAUACUUCUCUAG